AUGUUCACCCCAUUGGACUAUUUCAUCUUCUCCGCCUCGAUAAUCGUCAGUCUGUGUAUCGGUUUAUACUUUGGAUUAUGCAAAAAAAGGCAAAGCGCCGACGACUACCUUUUAGGCAAUCGAUCGAUGAAACUAGUUCCAAUUGGUCUAUCGAUGAUAGCUAGUCAAAUUAGCGGUGUGACACUCCUGGCGUAUCCCUCAGAGAUCUACACCUUUGGUGCGAACGCGCUGUGGAUGUGCCUGGCGGUUGCGAUAGCCUGUGCCAUCACUUGUUACGUGUACUUGCCAGUAAUUGCCAAACUAAAAACACCCAGUAUUUUUCAAUAUGUCGAACUUCGAUUUGGUAGACGGAUUAAAAUAAUUACAUCCGGUAUUUACACAUUGCAAGUGAUGUUUUAUAACGCAAUUGUGAUACAUCUGUCAGCCAUUUCGUUCUCGCAAGCCAGUGGCAUUAAUUCGCACGUAAUUGAAAUAAUUGUAUGUGUCACCUGUAUACUGUAUACAACAGUCGGUGGUUUCAAAACGGUGAUCUGGACGGACGUGGUGCAGCUUGCUGGAAUGGUGGUCGCCGUAUUCAUGGUUUUCAUCCUAAGUGUAAUAUCAGCGGGUGGAAUUAACAGAAUCUACGAGAAAGCAUUGGAGGGCCAUCGCCUCGACUUUAAUUUCAGUGCUGAUAUGACAAAAAAGGAUGGAUUUUGGCAGAUACUAACGGGGAACAUAGUGAUCUGGAUUUACAAUAUUACCUUUCAGGCGGGAGUUGUUCAAAAAUACAUUUCUCUUUCCUCUAUUUCGAACUCAAAAAGGGCGGCACUUAUGUUAGGAACCGGUGCGAUUGCCUUCCAUUUAAUAGGGAUUCUAAUGGGAAUCGCCCUUUACGCCAAAUAUUCCAACUGCGAUCCUCUGACUUCUGGCCAGAUUACACGCGCUGAUCAAAUCGUGUCUUUCUUUGUGACGCAACACGACGAAAACGUCCCUGGAUUGGCAGGAAUAUUUACCGCUGGAAUAAUGUGUUCGGGACUGAGCACACUAUCUGCAACACUAAACACGCUGGCGGCGACAAUAUACAGCGACUUCAUCUCGCCAUUCUUCCCCAGCACCUCUCUGAGAUCCAAAGAAGGCUGCGUAUUAAAAUUGAUAGUCAUUCUAACAGGUCUUAUAUGCACGACUCUAAUUCUUUUCAUCGAACGCAUGAGCGGUAUACUUCCUUUCUUCAUGUCGCUACUAGGGUUAGUUUCCGGAAUAUUCGUGGGGGUGUUCUCGCUCGGUAUGGUUUUCCCAUUGGCGAACGCAAAGGGGGCAUUUUGGGCGAUGGCUGUUUCGUUUCUUACCGUUGGCAGCAUCACCAUUGGUAAUCAAUGGUACACCUUACAAGGAGGAAUUGAGAGCUUUGCCAAGCCGGUUUCGAUAGACAACUGUUCUAUUCCAAUCAAUGUGACAGCAACAAGUGGUCACUUAUUGCAGCCCCCAUUCAUCCUGUUUCGUCUAUCGGUGUGGUACAUUUCCGUAAUAAGUUUAGUAUUGGUAAUUGCGAUUGGUUUAUUAGUAAGCUGGGUUACAAAGCGUGACGGUGACGUCGUGGAUCCUGAGCUCUUAAGUCCAUUGCUUAUAAAAAAAGAUACGAAAAUUGAGAGGAUGCAGAAGUACUUGCCCGGCCAGCCUUACUGUGAUACUACCUACAAUUUUGAUACACCAACACUCAUAUAACGCAUAUAAGUCGACCACACUAGUCGUAGACAUUCUGUGAAUCUUUUGUACUGUAUAGAAGAAAAAUAUAGAAAGGAGAAGUUUUUCA